AUGCCAGAAAAUUUGAUAUCAAGUUGGGUUGAAAUGACAGAAGAAGAAGAAUUUGAUAUAUUGGAAGAUAAUAGUAGUAAUUCAAAUAAUUUUAUUGAUUUUCAUGAAAUUUCAAAUAAUUCUCCGUUGAGUGAUCCAAAUAUUUUACAAAGAACAUAUCCAGCAGAUGAUCAAAAUGCUAAAUGGAAAAUGGAAAAUUUAUUUGUAGAAGAUUUGGAACCUCCUUUUUUAUUAUGA